AUGCUCGGGCCACGGCUGCUGCUGCUCCUCUCCUGCGGGGGGGCCCUGCUCGGUGCUGGUCUGGAGGACAGCUCCUCAGUGCCCCCAGGGCUCCACAGGGUGAAGGACGCCCCCCAGACAGCUCCAGACAACAAGGGCCGGUGCUCAACAUGGGGGGCUGACCACUUCUCCACCUUCGACGGCCUCACAUAUGACUUCUCGGGGACCUGCAACUAUGUCUUCGCGGCCGUCUGCGAGGAUGCCCCAUCCACCUUCAGCGUCCAGCUGCGGCGAGGGCCUGGGGGGAACAUCUCCCGGAUCAUUGUGGAGCUGGGGGCCUCUGCUGUCACCGUGCAGGGCUCAGUCAUCGCCGUCAAGGACGUGGGGGUGGUCAGCCUGCCCCACACCAGCAACGGGCUCCAGAUCACACCCUUCGGACAGAGCGUGCGGCUGCUGGCCAAGCAGCUGGAGAUGGAACUGGUGGUCAUGUGGGGUCCCGGUGCCCACCUCAUGGUCCUGGUGGAGAGGAAGUACAUGGGCAAGAUGUGCGGGCUGUGCGGGAACUUCGAUGGCGAGAAGACCAACGAGUUUCUGAGCGAGGACGGCCAACUGCUGGAGCCCCACAAGUACGCUGCUGUCCAGAAGCUGGACGACCCCAACGAGAUCUGCGCCUACGAGGCCAUCCCCAGCCCCCGGCUCCUGCAGGCAGAGCACGCCCAGGCCUGCCUGCAGCUGCUGACCCUGGUGGCCCCCGAGUGCACCGUGCCCCGGGAGCCCUUCCUGCAGAGCUGCCAGGCAGACAUGGCCGCGUGCGUCCAGCCCAGCCAGCACAACUGCAGUUGCGCCACGCUGUCUGAGUACUCACGCCAGUGCAGCAUGGCCGGCCAGCCCGUCAACAGCUGGCGGAGCCCCGACCUCUGCUCUGUGGGCCAGUGCCCAGCCAACCAGGUGUAUCGGGAGUGCGGCGAGACCUGCGUGCAGACCUGCUCCAACCCGCAGCAUAGCUGCUCCAGCUUCUGCACCUUCGGCUGCUUCUGCCCAGAAGGGAUGGUUCUGGACGACAUCUCCAAAAACCACAGCUGCGUGUCUGAACCCCAGUGCCCCUGCACGCUCAGCGGGGUGGUCUAUGCCCCUGGGGAGGUCACGACAGCCGCCUGCCAGACCUGCCGGUGCUCGGGGGGCCACUGGGAGUGUGAGGAUCGGCCCUGCCCACGGCGCUGUGCCCUGGAGGGCGGCUCCUUCGUCACCACGUUCGACGCCAGGCCCUACCGCUUCCAUGGCACCUGCACCUACAUCCUUGUCCAGAGCCCCCAGCUCCCUGGCGGCGGCUCGGUCAUGGCUGUGUUUGACAAGUCUGGUUACUCACACUCGGAGACCUCCCUGGUCGCUGUCAUCUACAAGUCCAGCCAGGACAAAAUCGUGAUUUCUCAGGACGAGGUGGUCACCAACAAUGGCGACAUCAAGUGGCUGCCAUACAAGACUCGAAACAUCACGGUCUUCAGGCAGACAUCCACCCACCUCCAGAUGGUCACCACCUUUGGGCUAGAGCUCGUGAUCCAGCUGUGGCCUGUGUUCCAGCUGUACAUCACUGUCGGGCCCCAGUUCAGAGGCCAGACCAGAGGGCUCUGCGGCAACUUCAACGGGGACACGACGGACGAUUUCACCACGAGCAUGGGCAUUGCCGAGGGCACUGCCUCGCUCUUCGUGGACUCCUGGCGGGCGGGGAACUGCCCCGCUGCGCUGGAGCGUGAGACCGACCCCUGCUCCAUGAGCCAGCUCAACAAGGUGUGUGCGGAGACCCACUGUGCGGUGCUGGUGAAGAAGGGCACGGUGUUCGAGAAUUGCCAUGCCACCGUGGACCCCAAGCCCUUCUACAAGAGGUGCGUGUACCAGGCCUGCAACUACGAGGAGACCUUCCCGCACAUCUGCGCCGCCCUUGGGGACUACGCGCUCGUGUGCGCCUCGCAGGGCGUCCUGCUACAGGGUUGGAGGAGCAGCGUGGACAACUGCAGCAUUCCCUGCACAGGCAACCAGACGUUCAGCUACGACAGCCAGGCCUGUGACCACACGUGCCUGUCGCUGACCGACCGAGAGGCCGAGUGCCACCCCAGCGCUGUGCCGGUGGACGGCUGCAACUGCCCCGAGGGCACCUACCUGAACCACAAGACCGAGUGUGUGCGCAAGGCCCAGUGCCCGUGCCUCCUGGACAACCACGGGUUCAUCCUGGCCGACCAGUCCACCAUGGUCAACGGGGUCGUCUGCCACUGCAUCAACGGGCGGCUGAGCUGUCCAGCGAGGUCUCAGAUGCUUUUGGCAACCUGCUCGGCCCCAAAGACGUUCCAGUCCUGCAGCCAGUCCUCGGAGGACAAGUUUGGGGCAGCCUGCGCCCCCACCUGUCAGAUGCUGGCCACUGGCACCCCCUGCGUGCCCACGAAGUGUGAGUCCGGCUGUGUCUGUGCCAAGGGGCUCUACGAGGACGCCAGUGGGCAGUGCGUACCACCCGAGGAGUGCCCGUGCGAGUUUGCGGGCGUCUCCUACCCCCGGGGCGCUGAGCUCCACACCGACUGUAAGAGCUGCACCUGCUCGAACGGGACGUGGUCCUGCCAGCAGAGCGCCCACUGUCCGUCCACCUGCAGCCUCUAUGGGGAGGGCCACGUGGUCACCUUUGACGGGCAGCGCUUUGUGUUUGAGGGCAACUGCGAGUACAUCCUGGUCACGGACGGCUGCAAUGCCAGCGACUCGCAGCCCACCUUCAAGAUCCUGACAGAGAACGUCGUGUGUGCGAAGUCAGGCGCCACCUGCUCGCGGGCCAUAAAGAUCCUCCUGGGGGGCCUGUCCAUCGUGCUGGCAGACGCCAACUACACGGUGAGUGGGGAGGACCCCGGCGUGCACUUCCGGGUCAAGGCUGGCUCCCUGAACCUGGUGCUGGACGUCACCAUCGGCAGCGCGUACAACCUGACCCUCACCUGGAACAAGCACAUGACCGUCUUCAUCAAGGUUGCCCGCGCCUCCCAGGAUCCCCUCUGCGGCCUGUGUGGCAACUACAAUGGGAAUAUGAAGGACGACUUCCAGACACGCAGCAAGUACUUGGCAUCCAGCGAGCUGGAGUUCGUGAACUCCUGGAAGGAGAGCCCUCUGUGCGGCGACACCACCUUCGCGCUGGACCCCUGCAGCCUCAACGCCUUCCGUCGCUCCUGGGCCGAGCGCAAGUGCAGCAUCAUCAACAGCCAAACCUUCGCUGCCUGCCACAGCCAGGUCUACCGCCUGCCCUACUAUGAGGCCUGCGUGCAGGACACAUGUGCGUGCGACACUGGUGGGGACUGCGAGUGCCUGUGUGACGCUGUGGCCGCCUACGCCAAGGCCUGCGUGGACAAGGGCGUGUGUGUGGACUGGCGGUCCCCCGACUUCUGCCCCGUGUACUGCGACUUCUACAACACGCACACGGAGGUGGGCAGCGAGUUCCAGUACACCCAGGGGGUCAACUGCACGUGGCGCUACCAGCCAUGCCUCUGCCCCGUGUGGCCACAGAGCAUCCCGGACAACAUCGAAGGCUGCUACAACUGCUCCCAGGAUGAGUACUUCGAUCACGACACGGGGACGUGUGUGCCAUGCAUGCCACCGCCCAGCACACUGGCGCCCACAACAGGUGACUGCACACACACGAGGCGUCGCAGUGACACAGGCUCUUCCCUGGGCUCUCCCGGCUCUACUCCACGGGACGGCCCAGCCAGCCCGCCUGUGUCUGUCCGCCGGGGCAGCAGCUGGGCACGCUCGCCUGCCACAGAAACCACGCCAGCCAUGGCCAGCACCACGCUGACCCCCAGCACUGGGCUUGGCUCCCCACCACCACCCACAGUCCCCACGCAGACGCCCAGCCUCCUGGCCACGGCCACGGCCUCCUCCUCCACACAGGCAGGGACAGCCCCGACCACCCGGACACAACCAGCGGUCUCCUCGGAGGGUAAGGCCCAGGCAGGGGCCCGGCGAAUCACCUCAGAGCACCUCUGCUGUUACCACCCAAGCCACAUCCACAGCGGCCCCCAUGGCCACUCAAAGGUCCACAGCCACGGGCCCUCCCAUGACCUGGGCCACCACGCGGCCCCCAGGGCCCUCCCUCAGCACCACCACGCAGUCCACAGCUCGGGCCACGGCACGCACCACUGCAGCCUCGUCAACCCUGGCAACGUCAGGAACCGCCACAGGGCAUCCCACAAUUUUAGUACCAUAGUCCUGUCUACACCCCGGAUCACAGUCAGCAGCCCCACUUCCUCCAUCCCAUCUUCUCAGUCCACCACCUCACAGUCCACCUCUCUCACCACCCAAACCCCCACCCAUAGCCUCCUGUCUUCUACCCUGGGGGUGACAGCCAUCCCAAGUUCCCCAGCCACCAACCUCACCACCAGACAGCCGAGUACCACCAGGCUGCAGACCGCCGUGUUCCUGACCAGCUCCAUCACUGCACACGGAAGCUCCUCCUUUCCCACCACCGGGUCUGUGUCCAUUGAGAGCCAGUCCAUCUCCUCUCUUGCCACAUCUCUUCCCAGCCCUGCAGGUACUGAGACCAGUAGACCAGAGACACCUCCACCCACAGGGGCCUGCAGCGUGAAGGAGUCUGAAGAAGUAGUCACUUACCAGGGGUGCACGGCCAACAUCACAGUGACCCGCUGCGAGGGUGUGUGCACCUCCUCAGCCAGCUUCAACACCAACACCAUGCAAGUGGCCACCACCUGCAGCUGCUGCCACCCCGUCAGCUCCUACGAGGAGCAGCUCGUGCUGCCCUGCGCGGACCCUAUGGUGUGGGGGCAGCCGCUGGUGCUCACAGUGCAAGUGUUCAGCAGCUGUGCGUGCCGCCACCAGCGCUGCGGAGACUAG